AUGAAAGAUCUAGGCAGUUUGAAUUAUUUUCUGGGGCUUGAAGUGACCACUACUGAGACAGGUCUCUUCUUAUCUCAAGCUCAGUAUGCUUCUGAUAUUUUGCGCAAGGUAGGUUUAGAGGACUGCAAGCCUAGUUCUUCUCCUAGUUCUGCUAAAGUUCCUCUUGAUCCUACUGAUCCUUUGUUUCUGGAUGUUCAGUUGUUCAGAUCUCUAGUUGGUUCCUUACAAUAUCUCACUCUCACUAGGCUUGACAUUUCUUUUCCUGUGAAUGUGGUGUGUCAACAUAUGCAUCAACCUAAAAUGAGUCACUAUGGGGCUGUUAAACGUAUUCUGAGGUACAUUAAGGGUACAAUCACUCAAGGGCUGCAUUUUACUGCUGGUUCUGUGGCUUUAACUGCCUUUGUUGAUGCUGAUUGGGUAGGGGAUCCUGUGGAUAGGAGAUCCACAACUGGUUAUGCCAUUUUUCUUGGUUCCAAUUUGGUGUCUUGGUGUGCUAAAAAGCAACACACUGUUGCUCGUUCCUCUACAGAGGCCGAAUAUCGUGCCAUGGCUCAUACAGCUGCCGACUUGGUGUGGAUACAGCAGUUGCUUACUGAAUUGAAGGUUCCCAUCUCCCCUCCUCAUGUCCUAUGGUGCGAUAAUAGGUUUGCUAUUGCAUUGGCCAAUAAUCCUGUUUUCCAUGCCAGGACCAAGCAUAUAGAACUAGAUUAUCACUUUAUCCGCGAACAAGUUUUGGCCAAAUAG